CACUGUUUCCAACGUGAAGGCCGGAAGCACUUGGAGCGAGCGCCACGUGACAAUAUUCAAGACUAUUCAUAACAAAAUAUUCAUAACAAAUGAAAGAAAUUGGAUGCGGCCAGUUUAUGAACUAUAGUGAUGGAAUAUGGACUGUAAAUUCUAGUACAAGCCACUCAGUUUGGUGCAGGGUGGACAGGACGGACAACAUUACAGACAACAUGAUUUACUUUAACCGUUCUUUUAUCAACGGCAAUGGAACAUGGGUGGACGAGAAGUAUCAAGGAAACGUCUCAAGUACUGACAAUACCACCAUGCUUGUAGGACUUCAAGGAGCCGAUCCGACCACUGAAGAGAAACUUUAUUUCGCAACGAGUAACUACAGCUGUGGCGUAUUUCAAGUGACAUUAUUUAGUGUAUUCCAGGGCUUGUUCAUCACCUUUGCCGCCGUCGUGGACGCUAUAUUCACGAUGUCGCUCCCAACGUCGGCUACAUCUCUCAGCAACCAGAACAACAGGCGCAUCAUGUUACUCCUGAUGUGA